AUACACAAUGACGGUGCCGGUGGCUGUUCUGCGCCUGCCUCGUGGACCCGACGGGUCAAGCCGUGGUUUUGAUCCCAACUCCCCUCGCUUCCAGGCUCUGGGGCCCAGCAGCUUGUCUUCCAGAGCGUGUGAGGACCCGGCCAACCUGCAGCUGGAGCAAGAAGCACGAGUGGCUAUGCGGGAACGCUACUUACGCAGCCUCUUAGCCAUGGUUGGCCAGCCGGUGAACUUUGUCAUGUACGAGAAGGUUAACGUCACGGCCCUGUUCGGAGCGUCGGACAUCGAUAUCUUGAACUUCCAGGUUUCUGGGCUUCAGACUCCUCUUGGGAUUCAGCGGGAAGCCCUCCUGCGUUGCUCAGACAUUAUCGCGUAUUCCUUUGAAAUCUGAAGGCCGGCCUCUUGCGAUAGGAUUAAGGCAGAGACUCAGACUUGCGUCCGGUCACUUUUGUUUGAGUUGCAGCUCUACAAUAAACGAAUCUCAACCU